AUGUCAUUAAGAUAUUGCAUCAACGUACCAACCCCAACAGGUGGGCAGGUCGAAUCCAACGGCAGGGAUUACGCAGCAGCAAGUACCAUCGGGUUGAACCAAAAAAGUGGGACGAUUGACGGCGAAUCAAGAUAUGUCAUGCAUCCGGGGACCAUUGAUGCCUGUUUUCAGCUUGCCAUUAUCUCCUUCGAGCAGGGACGAUAUAAUGUCAUGCCGUACAGCACCAUCCCCAUGCGGGUCGAAGAGAUGACCAUUGCUUAUCCCGAAGAGACCGAAGGAAAUGCAUUUGCUUGGACAGAGGAGUGCCAGCGCCCCUUCUUCCGAUCACACAUACAGCUAGUUAAUUCGAACGGAAUCCCUUUGCUGGAAUGUACGGGGACAUGGUUCAAGAAGCACGAGAUGAGCUGGUCGGCUCGCUCGACAGCAGUCGCUCCAUAUCAGAAGUACAUGCAAUACCGGUGGCAACCUGACAUUGACUAUGCAGCUAAGACUCAGGGACAGUCAUUUUACAAGUCGCUCGAAGAGGCUGCCCACGAAUUAGUUGGCCUGAUUAACCACAAGCGGCCGAUGCAAAGAGCGUUCGUCGCUCUCUCACCAAAAAUAUCCCAGUUAUCUUCAAGCUUGCAGGGCGCACAUGAACUUAUCAUUUUCAAAGGCCAGCUGAAUACAGCCAUUUUUCAGGAACUACAAUCGAUUCUGGCGCCCACCGGUAGGAUGCUCAUAAUGCAGGACGGAAACACAUCGGUAACUAGCAGCUGUCUGGACUGUCCUUCCAUAAUAUCUAGGCCAGCGUUAGAGCUAUGUGUCUCACAGACUAGUCUGCUUCUCUCCCAGGAGUUAGAAGAUGGAGGGGAUCGACAACCAGAGCCAACAGCGAUUACCUUGGUGGUCCUGGAAGUGGCUGUCGAUGUAGUAAAUCUUCACCAGACUAAGCAUGCGUUGCACCAAAACACGGUUAUCCUUGACAUUGAUGGCCGCACUGCCGAAGGCGGGCUGAGUCUAGGAUUUCUUCGGGUUGUCAGAUCGGAGCAUCCUGGAGCUAAGAUCCUAUCGUUGGAUGUCGACUGGGAGGAGUCUCCCCAUAGCAUCGCACAGGCUAUGUUGACAGUCCAGGGAGCUGCAGCACCUCGGAGCUCUGGCCAGGAGACGGAGUUCUGGCUUCACAAAGGCAUUCUCCAUACUAGUCGAUUGGUACCAUGGACAUGUCCCAGUACGUCUCCGAAGGAUAGUCAGACGGUGAAAUUGCCACUGGAAACGCCGCUACAGAGCGACUUUGUGAAAAGCGAGUUCAUCUUCAGGGCCAAUGAGGAGUUUUCGAUGGACUCAAAGGAGGACGAAAUAUGUCUCCAGGUGGAGAUGACUGAGUACCAGGGUUGGGCUACUGACCAACGCACAAAGCAACCGGUCGUCGUUGUCGGCCAUACAAUUUCCAAUUAUUGCGAAAGUACACUUCGUCAGGUAGUCACACUCUCCGCACAGAGUGGGUAUCAAACCAUCGUCAAGGCAAAGAAAGGUGCCUGUUUUGAAUAUGAAGGUCUCGACCCAGCACUUCUUUGUGCUGCCCUUCCAACUGUAUGCAAAGUCCUUCUCUGCAUGAGCUGGCUAGGAAGAGCCCAAAAGAAUGAUCGUAUCCUGUUUUUACAAAUGCCCCUCUUGUUUGCUAAGAUGGCCAUCAGUUUUAGUAAGGGACUGAAUGCCCAGAUCACGGUGGUUGUACGAACACAAGAAGAGAGCGAAGAACUGUAUGAAGCCUCGCCGUCCGGCAUCCCGAUUGUUGUCGUUGAGGAUAUGCAUGCAUCUCAUAUGUCACCAGUUCUCGAAGCUACCUCCGGAACAUUUUCACUGGUGAUAUGCAAUCGAUUCUCGGCAGCUGGCCAAGAGGCAUGGAAACAUAUAUCAGCGGCCGGUCGGUUUGUCUUAUGCUAUGAGGAAUUGGAAGGGAAGCUGGAUACAGGUCCUUUUACCAAGGGUGCUUCUUUCCUGCCGAUGGGAUACGAAAACCUCGGUACACGACAAGAGAUGGCGGCUGAAAUCCUACAGGAUGGGUCAGAGUUUUUUGAAGAAGAACAAGGACAUCUGGACGUCCCAUGUGCCAGUUCAAAUGGCAACCAGACCAAUGCGUCUCCUGGUUCAGCUGGAGAGGUACAUGCGGCAGUGCGAUUCAACUAUGGUGAAACUUCGGUGAAGAUCCUACCUCCGCUCCAACGGGCCAAGUUCUUCUCUGAUGCAGCAUACCUACUCAUCGGCGGCCUCGGCGGCCUUGGAAGCAGUCUGGUCCGCUGGAUGGUGAAACGAGGAUGUCGACAUUUCAUUUUUGUGUCACGCUCAGGCGCAACGCAGCCAAAGGCAGCACAGACCGUUGAGCUUGCUGAAAAGGCCGGCGCAUCUGUACAGGUAUUUCAAGCUGAUGGUGGCAAUGAGUCCGAUAUGAGAGCCAUUGUCGCCCGAGUGAUGAAAGAAAGACCGAUCCGCGGUGUGGUGCACGCUGCAAUGGUACUGCAGGACGGCCUACUCCAGGGCAUGACAGCAGCAGAAUACCAAGCUGCCGUCACCCCCAAACUCCGCAUAGCACAUGUCCUCCAUUCCGUCCUCAUCAACGCUCCACUAGACUUUUUCGUCAUGACCAGUUCGAUCUCGGCCACAAUAGGAACACCAGGCCAGACAAAUUACAGUGCCGGGAACAGCUUCCUCGAUGCUUUCGCAGUAUACCGCCAGUCCCUUGGUCUACCCGCCUGCUCAAUCGCACUCCCCAUGGUCCUCGACGUCGGCGUAGUAGCAGAAAACCAAGCCGUCGAGGGCUCUCUCCAGCGACUAGGCUUCUACGGGAUAGACGAGGUAGAGAUGCUCGAGGGUCUCGAAGUCGCCAUGUCUCCGAACAGUCCCAGCCAUCUUGUACUAGGGCUCGAUCCUUCCCUGCUACACCGUUCUGCGGGUACAAACCGUCUAUUCUGGCAUGGCGAUGCUCGUCUACGCGGCGUACAGCGGGACUUGGAUCUUUUGCAGGGUUCGUUGAGUGCUUCGAAGCCGGAUGGGGAAGUCAUCGGUGAUGGGGAGGAGCUGAAUUAUGAGACGCUAAUGGCGCGCGUUGGAGGUAGGAUUAUACAAAAAUGCGCGAGUAUGUUGGGAAGGGAGAUUGAUGAAAUUAAUUUCAGCAAAGGGACUGUUGCCUCGUAUGGACUGGAUAGUAUGAUUGGGUCCGAAUUGCAGCAGUGGUUGUUUGGGGAGUUUGGACUAGCUUUGAGUUUUCACGCAUUUACUGCGCCGGAGAUGACGUUUGAGGGGUUGACGAGGCAGGCGGUUGAGGCGCUCGGGGUGGGUGGUGCGAAGUGA